AUGGCAGAGUUUGUUGACAAACGCGAACGCUCGGAUAGUGGUCCUGGCUCUCGCCAGUUUAUUGAAGAAAUUCAGAACCCCUGCGCAACGAUGUUUGGAUUCAAGGACAAAAAGGAUGUACGCGCUGCGACUGGGACUUUGUUCCCCACCCCCAAGACAUCUACUUCAUCUCAUGCUACUUCAUGUAAGCCAUUCGAAAAGGUGGUUAAUCUCGGAAAAGACAUCUGUCAUUCAUUCGCCACUACCUUGGGCCGCAAGACCUCUGAGAAGCCGUCCUCGACGAAUCAGUCAAACUCCCCGAUUCGUCUACCAAGCGACACGCCGACAGCAACCACUUUGUCACAUCACACAUCAGAAGUCUGCAACACUGGUCCACCCUCACGAUCGUCUUUAACGUCGACGGCUCCAACCGACCAUUCUCUCCCGCGUCUUGACUGUGGUGACACAUUCUUCGUACCAGGUAUCUCUCCUUCCCUCGAAUCGCAUUCGAACCUAAAGCAUCCACCGACCCAGGCACAAGACGGCCUUUCCGUACGCUUGUUGGAACCCAACGCCUACGAGCUUCCCACUAAAUCUGUAGAUCAAGCCGAAGGGGAGAUCUCCGCGCUGCCAGAGCAGCCUGCUGUGAAAAAGGAAAAGACACAUCGUCUGCGCCGCUAUGUGAAGGCUGCUUGUAAGAAACUUGACUUCUCACGCUUCAUGGAUCUCCGAUUCUCGAAGCUCAAUCCAGACAAGCCAGGCCGCAAUGACUCCGCAGUUGGCUCGGGUACACUUUCUGAUGCGGAGAAGGGCAAGCGUGGCGAAAGCGCGAACACCAACAAAGACGUUUCAGAUGAAGGUGACGGCCCGCGUUGCGACUUCAAGACGAUUGAGGCAAUUCCCGAUGCAAAGUACCGCGAACUGAUCAAGGCCUGUGAUCUUUCCUCCUCGCCCACCACUACCGUCGAAGUAGUGCGCCGCGCGAAGGGCACGUUCAACGCAGCGACUUUUGUCACUGUUUGUGAAGGCGAGCAAACUCGCAAGUACGUUGUCCGCGUCCCUGGCCAUGGUACAUUUGCACACUGGACGGAAGCAGACUCCUACGUGUUGAAGAACGAAGCUCAGCUAAUUGAGUACAUCCGCAAGAACACAACGGCACCUGUCGCACAGGUCAUUCACUACUCCACGGGUCACGACAACGCGCUCGGUUUCCCGUACAUCUUGAUGACGAUGCUACCCGGUACGCAAGCUAACAACAUCUGGUUCCCAGAAGAUUAUCCAUGCGUCGAGUCCGAUCUCUUCCAACAUGCGGAUGUCCCGCCUCCCCAUAUCGAAAAGAAGCGUCUCAAGUUCCUACGCUCUUUGGCACGAGUAAUGAUUCAGAUUCAGACUCUCAAAUUUGAGGCCAUUGGAGCACCGACGUUCGACGACGACGGCAAUCUCAUCGGUGUUGGACCCACGUGCCACUGGACAUACAAAGAUGGUGAUGAAUCUUUUAAACGUCCACCGGCUGCUACAACCGAGGAAUAUAUUCGCGCUCGCGUGAAAGCCAAGAUGAAACAGAUGAAUGAUAAGAUUCUUGAAGAUAUACUGAAAAACGAUGAUUGGGACGAAGACGAUGGGCGUGAAGCCAGUGGUGUCCAAGCCAUUCUCGGCAUCAUCUUCCGUCAGCCGGCGUUCCGCGGGCAAUCUGGCGAGACUUUUACCCUCCACCACCACGAUCUCGACCUGCAAAACAUCCUUUGCGACGAGGAGGGCAACGUAACCGGAAUCAUCGACUGGGAUAAUGCAAUCGCAGCACCACGCUGUAUCGGCGCAACAGCUGUUCCCAUGUUUCUCCGCAACGACUGGUUCCCACCUUACGCGCUUGGUCUCGAAAUCCCGCCGUGCAUGGCAUGGAACUACGAACACUACCGCGAAAUUUACGCCGCCGCCAUAGCUGAAGCUAGCGAUGCUGAAACCGCAGAGUUCACGCUGAAAUCGGGUCUCUACCAAGCCGCUGUCGCCGCAGUAACUCAAGGUGGGGACGCAGAUAGUCUCAUAGACAAGUUACUCCGCGAGAUACCUCAUUGUCGUGUGGAUUACUGGCAGUUCGUUAGGGGGAUGGGUCGGGGUGGUUGGGACUCUGCGCGCGCCCUGCUCCAGACGCAUUUUGCCCGCAUCUUCGAGCCGGUGAUGCCGCCUGAGGGUCUUCUUGAGGCGCUGGAUGAAGAGCUGGAGAUGCAGACUACUUGGUGGUCGUGCUGUGAUGAGCUCAUCGACUUUUAUGAGGCUGAGAAGGAGGGGAACGGUGAUGAGGAGGAGGAUGGUGCUGAGGAAGCAGAGCAUGAUACUGCCGUCGUCUCGGGUUGA